GGAGCAGGUCAUGUGACCAGGAAGUGUCAGACUUCAGACCAUGCAGAGGGUGGUGACGGAGCGUGGUCACGUCUUGGCCCUCAUGGCAAACAUCUGUGUGGUGCUUCUGGCCUCAUUGGUUUUGUUACCAUCUAUCUCAGGAUCCCGUCCAUGUGUCCCGGAUAAUUUUGGGCAGAGCUCCUUGGUGUGUCGAUGUAAUGCCACUUAUUGUGACAGCCUGGAUACCAUCAACCUCCCAGUGCUGGGCACCUACAGUGUGUACGAGAGCAGCCAGAGUGGCAAACGGCUCGAGCUAAGCACUGGACCCAUCAUCAAGAAGCACUCUGCACCAAGUGACCUAGUCCUCACACUGAAUGACAAGAAGAAAUUUCAGGUCAUGAAGGGCUUUGGCGGAGCAGUGACCGAUUCCGCUGCCCUGAACAUUCUGGCAUUGAGUGAAGGGACUCGAGACAACCUGCUGAGAUCCUACUUCUCCGAGGAAGGAAUUGGUUACAAUAUUCUCCGUGUUCCCAUGGCCAGCUGUGACUUUUCCACACGUAUCUACACCUACCUGGAUAAAGAAGGUGACUUCAGUCUGGAGUCAUUUAGUCUGCAGGUGGAGGACACCAAGCUGAAGAUUCCCAUAAUACAGAAGGCAAAGACCUUGUCGAAAAGGCCAAUAUCCCUGUUCGCCAGCCCCUGGACAGCCCCGCCAUGGAUGAAGACUAAUGGUGACAUCAAAGGGAAGGGAACUUUAAAAGGCUCUCCGGGAGAUCGGUACCAUAAGACCUGGGCCAACUACUUUAUCAGGUUUUUGGACGAAUACGCCAAACACAAUCUGACGUUCUGGGCGGUGACCGUGGAGAAUGAACCCACGGCUGGGAUGAUAGAGGGCUAUCCAUUCCAGUGUUUGGGUUUCACACCGGAGCAGAUGAGGGACUUUAUCGCCAAGGAUCUGGGCCCGGCCUUUGCCAACAGUUCUCACAAAGAUGUUCAGAUCAUGAUAAUUGAUGAUAAUCGGAUUCUUCUGCCAUACUGGGCUGAGGUGAUUCUAUCAGACCUGGAGGCUGCCCGUUACAUUCAUGGCAUCGCUGUCCACUGGUACCUGGAUGCAAUUAUACCUGCAGAUCUCAGUCUGGGCCGCACUCAUGACCUCUACCCAGAAUACUUCUUGUUUGCCAGUGAGGCCUGUGCUGGUGCAAUGCCUUGGGAUAAGGGGGUGCAUCUAGGAUCCUGGAAGUCAGGGAACCAAUACAGCCAUCGUAUUAUAGAGGAUCUCAAUUACCAUGUGACAGGGUGGACGGACUGGAACCUGGCACUGGACAUCAGUGGGGGCCCCACGUGGGUGGGGAACUACGUGGACAGUCCCAUUAUUGUUGAUCUAAAGAAAGACGUUUUCUACAAGCAGCCUUCCUUCUACCACAUGGCUCACUUCAGCAAGUUUAUUCCAGUCGGGGCCCAGCGAGUCGGACUAGACGCCAGCCACAAGAAUCUUUUGGAGAGCGUUGCCUUCCUGUGUCCAGAUGGGUCAGCCGUUGUGGUCAUUCUGAAUAGAGAGUCUCAAGAUGUGAAGUUCAGCAUUUCGGACCCGGCCCUGGGGGCGAUAGAAACCAUUUCUCCAGCAAACUCCAUCCGGACGUAUCUAUGGAGACGCCAGUGAUCGCCACGACACAGCAGAGAGGACCG